CCGACAAACAGCCUGUUUCUGUGCAAGAUAAGGCCCUUACGUUUUGUUUCUUGUAAUUGAAAAAGAAUUGCAUCGUCGAGAGGAAAUAGACGGGGGAAGAAAAGGAGAUCAUUGAGUCCUUUAUUACUUCUCUUUUUUUUUUUUUUUUCUCUUGUUUUGCUUUAACAAUCUCUUUUCAUUCUUCACAUACGUUUUCACACGGUUAAAACCAUUUGAUUUAAAGUAAAAAAACCUUUUUUUUCUUGUUUGUUUUGUUUUUGGGUGAUAUAAAUCGAAUUCUUUUGUUCAUAAGAUCUGAUCAUUCGUUUACAAAACGAAAGUACAGAAUUUGGGACUUUGGGUAUUUGAGGUUUGUACAAAUACGAGCAGAAACGAUGUCUUACGCUUACCUUUUCAAGUACAUUAUCAUUGGAGAUACUGGAGUAGGAAAAUCAUGUCUUCUUUUGCAAUUCACUGACAAACGAUUUCAGCCUGUUCAUGAUUUAACCAUUGGUGUUGAAUUUGGAGCCAGAAUGAUCACCAUUGAAAACAAGCCAAUAAAGCUUCAAAUUUGGGACACGGCGGGCCAAGAGUCAUUCAGAUCCAUUACAAGGUCUUACUACAGAGGAGCUGCUGGUGCACUUCUAGUUUAUGAUAUUACUAGGAGGGAGACUUUCAAUCACUUGGCUAGCUGGUUGGAGGAUGCAAGGCAGCAUGCAAAUGCAAACAUGACAGUUAUGCUUAUUGGCAACAAGUGUGAUUUGUCUCAUAGAAGGGCUGUGAGCACAGAGGAAGGUGAGCAGUUUGCCAAGGAACAUGGGCUGAUAUUCAUGGAGGCCUCAGCGAAAACUGCUCAAAAUGUUGAAGAGGCAUUUAUAAGCACAGCUGAAAAAAUCUACAAGAAAAUUCAGGACGGAGUUAUUGACAUAUCUAAUGAGUCUUAUGGCAUAAAAAUUGGACAUGAAACUCACACAACCUCAUCAGGAGGUAGAGAUGGUACAUCUUCUCAGGCUGGCAGCUGCUGCAGCUGAAAAUUAGUAUCUUUUUCCAAGUUGAGACUUUUCUGUGCUUUGAUUGUGGAUUCAUAGGUUUGUUAUACUUUGCUGUUGGAUACUCGAUCAUAUUGUUUUUAACAACAGUCAUCCACGGGUUACUAAUAGAUAUAAUUAUUUCUUUAUAUAUGCUUCUUUCUUUUUCUUUCCUUUUUCUGAGAGAGAAAGAAACUGGUCAUUCCUUUCAAUUCUUCUCUAGCACAUUCGGAUAGCAAAGUACAUGACGCUGCAAAAGCUGAGAGAGGCUGUUUCCAAAAAGGCAAUUAGCGAACUCGGCUACAGCCAUGGCUGCGCCCCCUUCCCCUCCCACAUCCCAAAGGCCUCCCUGAAUAGAUGAUGGAUAGAUAAGUAGAAAUAAGUAAAAGUUACACAUACAAAUAUAAACAGUAGGGAACAGAAAAGAGUCGAGAGUAAAUAUAUAAAUUAUAAAUACCAGCAGCUGGCUUCUUAGGCUUAAGUGUCUCCUCCAAAAGCAAAGUUUCCAGAUUCAAGCUGUCAGGGAGAAUAUAAUAACGAAUGUUGUUCCCCCUGAUCACACUCAGAUGGUCAAGGCCGGGUAACUGGUAUUGUUUUUUUUUUUUUUUUUCUUCAGUGUUAGUUUCACUGUCUUCAAACGUGUAUUCAUGCUAACAUAAACCCCUGUAAGAUUCCAGCAAAGCAAUUUUUCAACGUUAGCAGAAAACAUUAUUAUAGAAUGGAGGUUAUGGACGGUAAAACAUGUAUAUAACAAAGGAGCAGUAUCUCCAAGUCGUGCUCAAAAUUUCAGUCGUCUUGCCAAAACUUUCAUCAUCUUAACAAGAAGAAUUGAAACAAAACUUACAAGAAUAACUUACUACAAG